CAAAGGCUUCACUGCAGGCCCUGCAGGGCCAGAGUUGACUUGGGAGUCCUGCGUGGCUAUUGGGGGGCUGUGCCAGCCCCUGCUGGGGUCCAGGGACGCGGACACAAGCAGGCAAACCGAUAUCUUUGGGUUUUGUGUAUAAGUGAUCAACAUUUUGAUUCUGGUAAGUCAAUUCCAAUGUCUUCUACUGGCAACACACUGAUGAACUCAGGUGACUGUUUCCUCCGUAUGUUAGUGCAAGAAGACACUAAUUCAGGAAGCAGCACAAGAAGCAGAGGCACUAAUGAUUGUAUUAGGGAAAGCAUCAGAACAGGUCGUUCUGGCAGAAUUAAUGACUAUUGCCAAUGCAGCAGAGAAUAUGGAAGUCAGUCAACAUUUUCAUGUGAACUAUUCUGAGGACUUUUUCUCUGACUGUACAGAAUCAGCCAGCAGCAACAGUUCUUUAAAAAUCCCAAGAACCAAUGAGAAGAAGCUACAGAAAAAGAAAAAAAACAAAUAUGGUCGACAAGGUUAUCAAAUCAAAGGAAGCAAGAAAUUGCCACUUAAGAAGAUGCAGCACCAGAACACUUCAUUCUUAAGCAAUCAGAAUACCACAGUCUCUCAGAAAAAAGAUGUUCUGGCUCAACGCAUAUUUUCAGCAAGACUUCACAAAACUAAAGAACUGAAAAAUGAACUGUCAGAUCUCCAGCAUAAACUAGAAGCUUCAAAUGUAGAAAAUCAGCUUCUGAAACAGCUUCAAUAUCAGCACUUGAAAGCAAUAGGUAAAUAUGAAAAUGCAGAGAAUAACUUGCCUAAUCUUAUAGCAAGACAUUAUAAUGAGGUAAGAAGUCUAAGGGAACUCCUUAGGAAGUCUCAGGAGCAGGAGCGAAAAACACUGAGGAAGCUUAGAAAAGUUGAAGCAGAACUGUUAAGGACUAAAGAUUCUUUGCAAACAUUGCAUAACAUUUCAGAAGACAAGAAUCUCGCAGAGAGAGGGGAACUUACUCGCAGAUUAUCAGUCCUUACAGAAAAAAUGGAAGCCAGUGAUAAAAAAAUACAGGGCUUAGAAAAGCAGUUGAAGCUGAAAAAUAGCAUCUUUAAUCAUCAAAUGGCAGCUGAGAGUAAAAAGAGUAUAGCAGCUCGAACAAUCACAGAGGCCUUGCAAAUGGAAAUUACUUGUCUUCACCAAAAACUUAAGGAAAGGGAACGAGAACUUGGUAUAAGAAAUAUCUACACAAAUCAUAUGUUCAAAAGUAUACAGGACAAAGCUGAUCCAGUCCCUCAUAAAAAAGGUCUUAUUUUAAACAAAUCAGUGCAAGUUGAUAAGCAGAGUUUUAAGCUGCAUCAUCAAAAGCAGGAAAGAGAAAAGAUUGCAGUUCUAUUAACUGAGGAGAAAAGGGCAACAGAAAACACAAGUCAAAAUGGAAGGGCCCAUGAAGCACACAAAGAUGCAGCACACAAGAAAGAAGAAACUGAACCAACCAAGAAACUACUAAAGCCAGAAACUUCUAAUAGAACAUUCAGAGUAUUUUUGAGGGAAGAAACACAGCUGAUGGAAGAAAAAAUACAUUUUGAAUGCAUGGAAAGAGGAAAGAAAAAGAAAGAAGUGCAAGAAAGGAAAGCUGACUUCCUGAAAGAACUAGAAAAACUGCUAAAUGAUGAACAAAUUCCAUCUACAGAUGAUGCCCCAAAAAGGGAAAGUAAUCAGGAAAAAGAUGCAGUGGAAGAGAAUGAAAAAGAAGAAAGGAAAAAAAGUAACCAGUUAAGUGACAACACAGCAGCAAAUAAAUGUGUAACUCCAACUCAAAGGAACAGAACACCCACUAGAUUGAAAAAACAGUAUACUUUUACAGAAGUCAUUGAAAACUUGCAUCAGGGAAUUCCAGCCUCAGGUCCAAUAUCCAACACGGGCAGCUUUCGCAACAAGCCAGGUCGACACCAGUGUAAAACAGCAAAGGCAAGAACUUCAUUUGGUGUAUAUGAACCAUCAUUUGGUAAAUUUAUCAAAGCAAGGCAGAAGGCCAGUCCAGCUGAAGAUGGAGAUUACACUCACAGGACAUUAAUGGAAAGAAAAAACACUCUUAUGAAAGAGCUCUUUGGACCGGGCAGUGUUUUAAAAGACAACCAUUCAAACCUUAACAUGAGACUGCUUGAAAAAGAGAAAAGUAUGGAAAGUGAAAGGAUACAAGAUGACCAGAGAGGUACAAUUUCAAAUAAUCCUGGUUUGCAGUGUGGAGAUUUUAAAACACCGCCAAUAAAGUCUAUACAGACACUUUCAUCCUCAGAAGAUGCAAAAUAGCUAUUUAAUGCAAUGUUCAAUUAGUGUAGCCA